AUGAGUUUAGUAGUUACCUUGUUUAUUUUGUUUAACAUGUACGAUUUACGUUUUUGCCAUCCUGAAAAUAACAGGCCUAAUAUAGUUAUGGUUAUGAGUGAUGCAUUUGAUGGACGACUGACCUUUAAUAACAAAGUGGUGCAGCUGCCAUACAUCAAUUAUCUACGGGAGCUUGGUACAACCUUCCUGAAUGCCUACAGUAACUCUCCCAUAUGCUGCCCUUCAAGAGCGGCAAUGUGGAGUGGUCAGUUUGUACAUCGCACUGAGUCAUGGAACAACUUCAAGUGUCUUCAGGCCAGUGCAACAACGUGGAUGGAUUUGUUGAGGGAAAGUGGAUAUACUACCAAAAUGAUAGGCAAACUGGACUACACCUCUGGAAGUCACUCUGUCAGUAAUCGCGUGGAAGCCUGGACACGAGACGCUAAGCUUCUUUUGAGUCAAGAGGGACGUCCUGUUAUUGGCCUAGUUGGUAACAUGUCAACUGUGGAAAUACAGAAGACGGACUGGCAGAACACAAGAAAGGCUAAACAAUGGAUUUUAAGGAACUCUUCUUCUGACCAACCUUUUGCACUUUAUCUUGGUCUUAACUUACCUCACCCCUAUAACACAGAAUCUCUUGGGCCCACAGCUGGGGGCUCUACUUUCCGCACCUCACCAUUCUGGUUAAGUAAGGUGUCCCCUGAUCAAAUCUCUGUGCCAAAAUGGCUUUCUUUGUCUGAUAUGCAUCCAGUUGAUUAUUACUCUACUGUCACCAAAAAUUGCAGUGGUGUUUUUACAAAGGAGGAAAUAAUAAAUAUCCGUGCUUUUUACUAUGCCAUGUGUGCUGAAACAGAUGCUAUGCUUGGAGAGAUAAUUGCAGCUCUAAGAAAAACUGGUGUGCUUAAUAACACUAUCGUAAUCUUCACCGCCGAUCACGGAGAGCUGGCCAUGGAGCACCGGCAGUUCUACAAAAUGUCCAUGUUUGAGGGCAGUGUCCAUAUUCCCCUUCUUUUCAUGGGGCCUGACAUUAAGUCUGGCCUUCAGGUGGAUCAACAUGUGUCAUUAGUUGACCUCUAUCCUUCUAUUCUAAAAAUUGCGGAUAUCUCUAUCCCAGCCAAUCUUAGUGGCUAUUCCCUUCUUCCUUUCAUGUCCAAGUCCUAUGGUUUUCUCAAGCAUCAACAUCCAGACUGGAUUUUUAGUGAGUAUCAUGGUUGUAAUGCUAAUGCUUCCACAUACAUGCUGAGAACUGGCCACUGGAAGUAUAUCACAUAUUCAGAUGGUCAGCAACUGUCACCACAGCUUUUUGAUUUAUCCCGGGACCCAGAAGAGCUACAUAAUGUAAUACUUAAAUUCCCAGAUGUGAGAGCACAUUUGGACAAAGUUUUAUACAGCAUAGUAAGUUAUCCUCUGGUUUCUGCCAGUGUCCAUGAAUAUAAUAAAAAAUCUUUUACUUCCUGGAGAAAUAGCCUUGGAGGAAAUUACAGCCAAGUCAUUGCAAAUCUCAGGUGGCAUGUGGAUUGGCAGAAAGACUCAGUGGCCAAUGAAAAAGCAAUUGAUCAGUGGAUAUACGGCUUUAAUUGAUGUUUUCAUCAUUUUGCACAGUACAGUUUAGUGAUGC